AUGAGCAGUGAAGUUAGAAAACUGCCCGUCGUGGCGAGUCUGUUUGCUCGUGAUAAGGCGAUAAGAGAAAUACCGAACAAGGGAUUGUUGGAGGAACCUACUCUUCCUUGUGUGCCAACCGGACUUGAUCCUGAUGGGGAAGGAAGCUCUGUCGGCCGAGUGUUGCUUAGCCAGGGCCCGGUAGAAAGUCCAUUGUAG